AAAAUCAGGGUGCCUCCAUGUCCGCGUUUCAACCUCAUAAGGUUUCUGAAGGAUUGCAGACAAGUUAUAAUCGUCUCCUUUUUCCCUUUAACACGGAAACAAACAGAGAUAGAGGAACUGACCCUUUGCGGCUGGCCUUUUUGUCAACACUCUACAUCCUCCCCAGCUUUAUUUCAUUACUUCCAAACAUGAGCAGAUAGAAAACGGGUUUUCAGAGCUGAAAGGGAUCGAGUUCACUUGUAAGCUGCAGAGAUGGCCUGGAGUGGUCAGCAGGGCGAGAUGACGGAGUACAAGAAGAUUCUGAUCAAGCGUGACUUGGAGAUGGGUGUGGUCAUGACGGUGUUUCGACAAAAGGUAGAGCGGCUCACCGUGCAGGUUAUCAUGGAGACCCGGCAGGUGGCCUGGACGCGCACUGCAGACAAGACUGAUGGUGUCUUGGACCUGUUUGAGAUCAGAGAGGUCCGUCCAGGGAGGAACUCCAAGGACUUUGAGCGCUUUAAAGAUGGAAAAGACAAACACGAGGACAACACCUGCUUCACCAUCUUCUAUGGCUCACAGUUUGUCCUCAACACACUGAGUCUGGGAGCUGAUUCGGUGGAAGAGGCACAAAAAUGGCUGUUUGGACUAGAACUGCUGAGAGAAGAGACACUGGCAGCCCCUACUCCAGUUCUUAUAGAGAGCUGGCUGAGGAAGCAGAUGUAUUCAGUCAAUCAGACAAAAACAAACAGCAUCUCCAUGAAGGAGCUGAAGGCUCUGCUUCCUCUGCUGAACUACAAGGCCCCCAGCUCCAGAGUCCUCAAAGACAAAUUCCAGGAAAUUGGAGCAAAAAAAGACAAGCUGGACUUUGAGCAUUUUCAUAAACUGUAUAACCAUAUAAUGUUUGAACAAAACGAGAUACUUGAAGAGUUCAAAAAGGAAACGUGUUCCUUUAUUCUGGGUAACACAGACAAACCAGAUGCCUCAGCAGUUCUGCUCCAUGACUUCCAGAGAUUCCUCAUCAACCAGCAGAAGGAGCCCUGGGCCAGUGAUCUGAACCAGGUCAGAGACGUGAUGACCACCUUCAUCGACGACACAAUGAGAAAAACCAACGAUCCUCAGUUCAUUGUCAGCGAGUUCCUCAGCUUUCUGUUCUCUAAAGAAAACUCUGUGUGGGACGAGAAGUUCUCAGAAAUCUGCAACCUGGACAUGAACUACCCUCUGUCCCAUUACUGGAUCAGCUCCUCACACAACACAUACCUGACAGGUGAUCAGCUCCGCAGCGAGUCGUCCACAGAGGCUUACGUUCGCUGUCUGCGUCUGGGAUGUCGCUGUGUUGAAUUGGACUGCUGGGAGGGGCCCGGGGAGCCCAUCAUCUACCACGGCUGGACCAGAACCACCAAGAUCAAGUUUGAGGAUGUGGUCAAAGCUAUAAACAAUCACGCCUUUGUGGCAUCAGAAUUCCCGCUCAUCCUGUCCAUAGAGGAGCACUGUUCCCUCGAGCAGCAGCGUCAGAUGGCUCGUAUCUUUAGAGACGUGUUCGGAGACAAGCUGCUGACCGAACCUGUGGAGCAAAUGGCAGAGCAGCUGCCUUCACCUACACAGCUGAAGGGCAAGAUCAUACUCAAGCACAAGAAGCUGAGUGUGGAGGGAGGAGGAGUCAGUCGAGACUUCAAAAAGGGUCAGAAACAGGGGGAUCUGGAUAUCUGGGACCCUGUGGAUCAGCGGUGGAAUAGGCACUACUGCGUGAUCUCUGAUGACAAACUGUACUAUGCAGAGGAGUACGAGGAGGAGGAUGAAGAUCCCAGAAAGUACCAGGACCUGCACAGCUCAGAGCCCUGGUUUCACGGUCGCAUCAAGGAGGGCAGGCACAUGGCCGAGCAACUGAUCCAUGAUUUCUGUGUGGAGACCGGGGGAAGAGACGGCACCUACUUGGUCAGAGAAAGCUUUACCCAGGCUACAGGCUUCACCCUCUCCUUCUGGCGCAAUGGGAGAGUCCAGCACUGUCGCAUUCAUUCAAGUCAAGAUGGCUGUCAGACGUAUUACUACCUGACCCCAAACCUGCACUUUCCCAGCGUGUACUCCCUGAUCCAGCACUACAGAGACAGCCCGCUUCGCUGCCAAGACUUUGAGCUGCGCCUCACCGACACUGUGCCACAGCCCAACCCACAUCUAUAUGAAGGGUGGUUCUACAGUAACCUGAGCAGAGGUCAGGCUGAGGAUUACUUGCUGAGGAUUCCCAGAGACGGAGCUUUCCUCAUCCGAACCAGAGAGGGAGAACCAGACUCCUUUGCCAUCACAUUCAGAGGGGAUGGGAAAGUGAAGCACUGCCGCAUCCAGAAGAAGGAAAAUACCUACCUGCUUGGCACCACUACAGAGUUUGAAAGCCUGGUGGAGCUGGUCAACUACUUCAAGAAGAAGCCACUGUAUCGGAAGAUCAAGCUACGUUACCCGGUCACUCCAAAGUUGGUGGAGCGCUUCAGUGCAGAGAAAGACUGUGCCUCGCUUUAUGAAGUCAAGACGUACGUGGAACCCAAUGAGAUUGAGCCUGCGUUGCCCCAGAGUACAGUCCGGGCCGUCUAUAGCUAUCAGGCUAAAAGACCGGAUGAACUGAGCUUCAGUAUCGGAGCUCUGAUCCACAAUGUAUCCAAGGAGAACAACGACUGGUGGAAAGGUGAUCAUGGUGGAAAGGUGCAGCUGUUCUUCCCCUCUAACCAUGUGGCGGAGACAUCCAAAGACACCCCACCUGAGACCAGAAACCAGGACAUGGAGGACAAUCCAUUAGGAGAGCUAUGUAAGGGUGUCGUGGAUAUCUCCAACUGCAACGUCCAAAACUUGAAGAAUGGAAAAAAUGGGAAGCCCAAUGUGCUGACCCUGCAGGACAUGGAGCAGGACAGUCUGCAGUUUGACCUGGCAUCAAGCUCUCUGGAGGAGUUGUUUCAGUGGUAUCAGGUGGCCUGGGGCAUCACUCAGAGAGAGAUGAGUAAGCAGUACAACAGAGAACAAGAGAUCAGACAGCAGGAGGAAGUGGAGAAGAAGGCAGAGGUUGCCAAGGAGAUGUCGGAUCUGGUGGUCUACUGUCAGCCUCGCAGCAAGGAGAAGGACCGCUUUGACAGCUACAAUUACAAAGAGAUCCGCUCCUUCGUGGAAAACAAGAUCCCUGGGAAGAGCCGCACCAAAGAGUUCCUGCGGUACAACUGCAAGGCUCUGAGUCGAAUUUACCCAAAAGGCCAGCGUGUUGAGUCGUCCAACUACGACCCAUAUCCACUGUGGGUUCUUGGCUGUCACAUGGUGGCUCUAAACUACCAGACUGCAGACAAAUACACCCAGCUGAACAGCGCCCUCUUCAGCCUGAAUGGACGCACAGGUUAUGUGCUGCAGCCGGAGUUCAUGCGGGAUGAUAGCUACGACCCGCAGCAGGAGAAGAAGAAGAUCAAGUACAACAUUUUGGUUCGGGUGAUGGCUGCAAGACACCUUCCCAAACCCGGGCGCAGCAUCGCCAGUCCGUUUGUGGAGGUGGAGCUGUGUGGACACACAGAUGAGAAGUACAAGACCGUCGUGUAUCGCGACAACGGCCUGAACCCGGUGUGGAAAGCCCCCGCAGAGCCCAUCGUCUUCUCGGUGUACGAGCCUGAAAUCACCUUCCUGCGCUUUGUGGUCAACGAGGAGGACAUGUUCUCAGACCCUAACUUCCUGGCUCAGGCUACGUUUCCUGUAAAAGGCCUCCGCUCAGGUUAUCGCUCUGUACCUUUAAAAAACGGCUACGGUGAAAACCUGGAGUUAGCCUCUCUGCUGGUCUUCUUGGAUGUACAGCAAGCAGGGAUGGCAGAGGAGGAGCUGUACUCCUCCUCUAGCCAGCUGAAGAAAAAGCAGUCAGAGUCUGGCGGGGAACCGUUCCUGUACGACACACACACCAACAUCCAGCACUCCGCCCUCCCCCGACAAAACCUCAGCAGAGAGUUCAGCACCAGCGAGAGACACAGGUCGAAAGAGAAGAAGAUAAACAACAAAAUGACCCUCCAUGAAGGCAGCAGAGUCUGACGAAAACCUGCAGAACACAGGAGUUGCAAGUCAGCUGUUACCUUGAUCACUUAGUUUGAGUUAUUGUGAAGCGUUGAAUCCUUAGAAUGUCUAAAAAAUGGACGUAGUAUCCGUGACGUCACCCAUCUGUUUCUGAAGCGCUGUUUUAGGCAAAUCGGCGUCGGCAGCCAUAUUGCUGCUGUCGAGCGUUUGUGACGUAAAGAGGCGGGCUUUGAGCCGCCUAGCCAACAGCUACAGUGUUCCCGCCUGUCAAUCAAGUCAGCUGUGCCUCUAAAUGGAAAACUCGUAAUCUUAAUAUCUUCAAAAUUGCCGUGUUAGAAAAAAAUUCCCCCCCCUCACAGUGUGAGCUGACUGAGAAAUGAACUAUCCAGACUACACUCGUCUGUUUAUUUCUGCUGUAAAGAUCGUCUUUUUCCCAUUCACGUGUAUGUGGUUUCCAGUACUUCCGGAGCCAGCCUCUCGGUGAACUGCAGCUUUUAACACUUCCACAUUGGACUCAUAUUUUUAGACGGAGGUUGCCGCUUGGUUGAAUCCGACCUGAUCCUUUAAAAAGCCAAAUUAUCACAACAAAACAAGCAAACUUUCACUGGCAGUAAUCCCCUGUGUGUUCUUCAAGAUGACUGUUUUUGUCGAUGGAGUCUCGUGGCUUCAAAUGAAAAAGGCUUCUCCCUCUUUUAACUUUUGUCUGUCUGUGAUCUGGUCUGGGAGGUUAUCAGACAAAUAUUUCAAUUUAAGCCUGAUAGUGAAAAAAAAAAGGUCACGACUGAAGUAAUCUGCUGGACCAGCAAAACCUCUCUGUACCUGAAUGGAUUUUAUUUAUAAAGAGCUUUCUGGAGUCUUGAGUCGACCUCAGAACGCUGUUACGUUACAUGUCACAUUCACACUGAUGUUAGAGGCUGCUAUGUGACGCGCCCAUCAGUGACUAAUCCCACAUCAGGAGGCAAUUUAGGACACGCCAACAUGUGGCCUGUUGGACGUGGGAUCAAACCUCCAACCUCCCCAGUGAGAGCUGACCCCUCUACCCAGGUUUAAGGUUACUUAGAUUCCCCUGCGUAGUACCAAUGUGUCGUCAAUGCUCAGGAAAUCACGAGUUUUGAAUGUUUUUAAAUCUUCUGAGAAAUGUAGGAAGCAGGUAAACGGUGUGAAGAUGUCAGAUUGUAACACAACCCCUCAUUCAGCUCGUAAUCAAACUUCAUGAUGUCAGAGGUGGGACACGCUGAUGCUGUUAUAUUUAUUAUCAGAUUGAGAGGAAUGUUUAUUGACUGAUUGAAUCGUUUCUGUGCAGCAGACCAAGCUCUGCCUCAGAGUUGAACUGUAAUGUGUCUUAUUUGAUGACCUCUGAGUGUAAAAUGAGUCUGAUAACAUAAAAAGGUUUUGCUGUGUUUUUAUUGGUGUGAUGUAUCUUUGUGUUUGAACUUUGUAGGUUGAGUCAGAUUCAUGAUGUAAGGUUGAAUCUCAUGAAAUGAAGCAUUUUGUGUAUUUAAUUGGAGGCUAGAUUUUGUUUUUCUGUGAUUCCUCCGUGACCUCAUGAGUGAAGUCAAUAAAGUCUGCUUUGUGAAAUA